AUGUCGUGGCAAAAUUCCCACGGCCCUCCGAAUCGUUUCCCCCCUUCCCCUAGACCUCCCAACAUACCACGACAGGCGAAUCAACGACAGACACCCCAGUACCGUGCAUUCCAGCGAGCCCCCACCCCCGAGGUGGAGGAUUCAGAGGAAAUGGCCGUCGACGAUGAGAGCAAAAUCGCUCUCGACUUUCAACAACUACGCAAGUUUUUCGAGGCUAUGCAAGGCUGGUUCGCGAAACCGGACUUUGCCGACCUCGCCACAUGCCCCUCGCCGGAGGAUAUUGGCCAAUCCAUGGCCGCUAUCCAGGCGUUCCUCCUCAAGUGGUCCCAAAUGACCGGGACCCCGCUCAGCGCUCUGGUGCCCAGGCUUUGCCCACCACCAACGACCGUCACUGAG